GUGUUCAAUAUCUUUAUCAUUUUUUUUUAAAAAAAAAUUUGGCUUUCUUUUGCUUUCUUCUCAAAGACGAGGAUUACUGUUUUUCAUGAUUUAUUUUUUUAUUCACCUAGUUAUACCCUUUAGUGUAUACUUCUUAGGAAAACAAAAGUGUUUAGUCAAUUUAACUAUUUUAGGUUUCUCAAGAAAACAAAAAUAUUGGGUGAACUUGGCUAUUUGGUAAUCUAGGUGAUACAUGUACUUUCUCUGUUAUUAAACUGUUUAGAGUAGUAAGUAUAGAGUUUUCUUUCACUUGGUUGCAUUUCCUAGUGCUGAAUGUUUUCAUGCAUUUGUCUUUACUCUUAGGAAGUUGUUUGAUUUGUUUGUGGUUAUGCUUCCUACAUUUGGUACCCAAGAACAAUGUGGAAAGGGAAUGAGAUAUAAUUGCUUGCUUGAAUUUGUUCAGUUGCUGAAAAUCCCUUGGAAAUUGUAAAUAUAUUUGCAAACUUUAUUCCUUCACUUUAGGCAUCUGCUAGAAUUGAUAAGGUUAUAAAUUUUUAUGUUAAAUUCUUCAUUUUUGAGAAAUUUAAUUGCUUGACACAAAGAAUUAUUGUUAUGAUAAAUUGGUUGAUUACCAUCUAAUCUGGUACCUUCUAGUUAGUAGAAGCAUUGCUGUUACUGCUGCAAGAAAGUGAAAAGCUGAAUCUUCUUCUAUCUUAUCUGGUACCUUUUAGUUAGUAGAAAGGCUGUAGUUGCUGCUACAAGAAAGUAAAAACAUGAAUCUUCUUCUAAUCAGCAUUUUCAUUGUAUAGUAUUUUUGUUAGUGGAAGUUGGCAAAAGGUUCUUAUUUUCACUAAUUUCAAAUAGUGAUUUAUAUGUAUUGUAAUAUUUGAUUUGAUUUAUUUAUUUUUGUUCUAAAGAUUUCUUUAUGAAAAUCUGAAUGCAGUCUCAAAUUUUGUUUGUUACAGAGUUGUUUUUAUCAUUGAUGACUUGUAGUAUUAUUGGGGCUUUGAAGAACAUUGUUUAAAUGUAGACAAAUGAAGUAGAGGUAUCAUUGCCAUGGGACAAGUAAAGGUUUUUGAUCUGAUGCAGGAUGGCAACCAGGCAUUUUGAGCCAACUGUUCUGAGGUAAAGUUUAUACUUUUAUAUGGUUUCAUUGCACUUUCUAGACUUUAUGAAUUCUUUCCUCCUGUUUGGUUUGAUGUCUUGCUGUUCCAAUUACCUGUUUAUGAAACAAAUAACAAAUUUAUUUUUUUAUGAGAGCGGGAGGGGUGGGGAAUACAGUAAUGGAGUUACUGCAUAUCUUGUGUGUUUUUCACUCAGUUAUUUGCUUCUGAUUAUAUCUUGAUAUAUUCUACUAUUUUUUGCCAAAAAAAUGUAAGGAGGAAUAUAUUUUGCUUCUGAUU